ACACUUUCAAGGUCGGUAGGUGAUAACCAUUGCAGAAGUUUGAAGGUACAACAACGAAAGUUUUAUGUCGGGACAGUUUUAUGAUGCAAUUUUAUCAAAUUGACUUGAUCCGCUAGUUAACGUGCGCGUACCGGCGGUGAGAGGGAAAAUUAACAAAAAAUGAAUUCGGAAGAGAGCAGGCUCAGGACUUUCUUGAACUGGCCGGAAAAUGCUCCGGUCGACAGCAAGAGGAUAGCUAGAGCUGGCUUUUAUUACAUGGGGCAGGGUUUGGAAGUACAGUGUUUCCGCUGUGGGAGCAGGAUCUCCGAUUGGAAUUACGGCGAUAAAGUUAUGGCCAAGCAUAAAGCUCUCGACCCCCGAUGCCCUUUCGUCCAGAACCCUACCAACUCUGGAAACAUCCCUUUGGUCAUCGCAAGGCUCUCUCUUACCUCGCCGACAGAGCAGACCGAGGUGAAGAAGAAGCAGGAAGACAGGGUCUUCUUCUACGACGAGAAAGCUCGACUUGAGUCCUUCGCGACCUGGCCUUUCCUCCAUGUACCUCCUGCCAGGUUGGCCAAGUCUGGCUUCUUCUACCUUCAAGAUAACGCCAAGGUUCGCUGUGCGUACUGCGGUGGUGUGAUUGAGGAUUGGAGAGAAGGCGAUGAACCAGAUUUAGUGCAUAUAGAACGUUUCCCAAACUGCUCUUACGUUAAAGAAAUCAUAGAUAAGGGUGUUUUGGUGAAAUCUGGUUCAUUGACAUUUCAAGAUACUUGCGAUGGAGACAAUGAAACAUUCAGGGCGUUAGGAAUACAGAGUCACAGGAUACCCAAGACACCUCGAUACUCGACAUACGAAUCUAGGAUAAGAACGUUUUGCCAGUGGCCUGAAAGUUGUGCUCAAACGCCCUCUGACCUCGCGCAAGCCGGUUUCUACUUCAAAGGCCCAGGGGACGAGGUACGAUGUUUUCAUUGUGAUGGAGGGCUGCACCAUUGGCAGAAAGUUGAUGUGCCUUGGGUUGAGCAUGCCAGGUGGUUCGGUGAAUGUGGCUUUUUGGCACUUGUCAAGGGACCUGAGUACAUCGAGGAUGUCAGGAAAUCAUUCCCUGCAAGGCUUACAAAAGAAGAGGAAAACGUUCUGUCGAAAAUACCGAAAAGUUCGGUUAGGAAUACAGUUACAGAAGAACAGCUGAGGGAGUUCAUGAGUUCUCAAGUUGCAAUAAUGGCACUCCAAGUGGGUAUUGAAGCAUCACGCGUUAAAUCAGCAAUAAGGCACAAAUUAGAGACAACUGGGCUUCCAUUUGAAAAUGCAGAUAAUCUCAUAGUCGCAGCCCUUGAAGUACAAAAUGAAGAAAAUCAGUCGAUGGAUGAAGAGUAUUGGUCGAUACCGACAAAUUCCCCUGUUCCAAGGGUUCGAGCUAUCAUGCCAAGGCUGGAAAUAUACAACUCGACUGCAUCUGAUGAAUCUGAAGACGAGGAAGAACAAAUCUGCAAUGAAGAGAGGAGAAAAAAUAAUUCCCAAGUUAUUCAAGAAGUAAAAAUCGAAGAGGACAUCAAGCCAAAAGAAAACCAAGAGAUAUCUUUAGAAGAGGAAAACAGAAAAUUGAGAGAGGCGAGGCUUUGUAAGAUAUGCAUGGACAUUGAAGUCGGCGUUGUUUUCCUUCCUUGCGGUCAUCUUGUUACCUGUGCCAAUUGUGCCCAUUCCCUCAAAGACUGCCCACUCUGCCGACAACUGAUCAAGGCCACCGUCAGAACAUUUCUCUGUUAAAUCCAUUUUUAAAUGCCUUAUUUAAAACACAAAAACACAAUAUCAAUUUUAUGUUAAAUCUGUGAUCGUUUAAUGUAGUUUUUUUUAUGACAGUUUUCCGUAAUCGACUAACUGUCAGGGCAUAAUUAAGCUUGGGCGACUUAAUGCUUUAAUCUUUACCUCUAUUGAGAAUUAUCCUUAGAUUCUAACUAUCAAACCUUACCAAUUGACAAACACAAGGUUUUAUUGUCUAAAUUAAUAAAUUUAAUUGAUUGUUAA